AUGGAAACCAAUAUACAAUCCAAUGAUGAUAUUGAUACAUUUUUAAAACAAUUGACUCCAACUCAAGAACAUUUUCUUAAAAAAUAUUUAUUAGAAGAACAAUUAUCAAAAGAAUUACAUAAAUUCAAUCAACCUAAUUGUUGUCAAUUACUUGGAUAUCCCUUUAGAUCUUUUACUACUACCACCACCACCACCAAAGAUAACGACGAACUAAGUCAUGAAUUACCAUUAUUAUCAUUUUUUUUCAAACAAUUUUUAUCUACAUUCCCAUUUAUAACUAAUAAUUCAAAUGAAAAUCAACAAGAUUUUUGGCAAAAUACUUUACAACCAUUUAUUGAAAGUUUUAAUACUAAACCAAUAAGUCAACUGGAAGAACGUCAAGAAAAUAUUACGAAAAGACGUCAAGUUAAUAAAAAAAUUUUAUCAGGAUUAUUAUUAUUUUAUAAUUCAAUGAUUAUAACUGAUCAAGAACUUGAUUAUUUAAAAGAAAAUCAUUAUAAACCUUCAGAUACUGGUAAAUUAGAUAAAUUUCAUAAUCGGAAAGAAACAAUAAUAAAUGAUCAAAAUGGUCAAAAUGGCAAAAAUGGCAAAAAUGGCCAAAAUGGCAUUGGUCUAAUAAAUAUAGUUGCUGUAAGAGUAAUUUAUGAGAAUCCAACUAAUAUUUCAUCAUGGAUUCCUUUUUAUAAUCGUGUUAAAAUUUAUCAUUUAUAUAUAAUUGAAAUACAAAACGAUAACAAGAAUGACAAGAAUGACAAGUAUUAUAUUGCUAAAUCAUAUCAAAAUUUCAAAACUUUACAUCAUCAAUUGAAGAAAAAAUUCCCUGGUCUUAUUACAGAAAUACAUUUACCAUCACAUAAACAUAAACAUGAUAAUGGUUGGGAUGUUAAUGAUAAAGAACUGAUUUAUGAAGAUGAAACUACCUUUAGUAAUGAUAAAAUAUUGAUUCGAGAAAAAAUGAGAUUAUCAUUACGAGGAUAUUUGAAAUCAUUAAUGAAAAUCCCGGAAAUUGUUCAUUGUACGAUUUUAUCAGAAUUUUUAACUACUAAUAAAACCAUUUUAACUAAUGAGGAUAUCAUUGAUUAUAAUCAAAGAAAAGAUCAUGAAGAAAUUAUGAAACAAACACAAAUUGAAUUUCAACAACAAACUACUAAAAUUAUGUUACUGUUAACUAAAGAUUUUGAAAUUUUUAAAAAUAAAUUAAUUAUGAAUCCAAAUACUAUUACGCAAAUUUUUUAUGAAUUAGGUUCCACUCCAAAUAUUAAACAAAUGUCACCAUUAUUACAAACAUUUAAUGAAUGGUGUAAAGUUGAAAUUGCUGCAACAAUUUAUCAAACAUUUAUUAGUCAAGAUAAUUCAAAUGAAUGGUUUAAUAAAGUGAAAAAAUUCCAUCGAAUUUUCCCUUAUAAUAUAAUUUAUGGAAUUCUUAAAUAUACUAAUCCCAUGAAAAUUAUAUCAAGAAUUGUUGAUUUAUUAUUAGUUAAUAUCCCUUCAUUCCCACAAUGGAAUUUGCUGGGACCAGUACUGGAAUUAAGUGAACAUUCUAAAAAAAAUGGUGCUCGUAAUUUAUUAUCAAUGAUAUUUAUUAUGCUUUUAAAUGAAGAUUUAAAUGGAUUUGAUAAAGAAUUGACUAUUUUAGAAUCUAAUUUAAUUGGUUAUGAAGUUUAUUUACAAAGAAUUAAAAAUUAUAUUCAAUUAGAUUAUCAACAAAUUAAUUUGAUUAGAGAGGAAGAACAACAACAACAAGAACAAGAACAAAAUGAAGAUUUAUUAUUGACUAUAUUACUGACAUCAAAAUUAACUCCACAAAUUGAUAAUAAAUUUAAUGAAAUUAAAUCAUCUUAUUUCCAUUAUAAAAAUAUCACCACCACUAAUAAUAUUGGGAAACUUGAACAAUCAGAAUUAUAUUUAAAUUUAAAACAAUAUUGGCAAAUUCAAAUUCGUAAACGUGAUAAAGAUUUAUUUAAACAAUUAUGGCAAGAACCAGAAUUAUCUGAAUUAAUUAAAAAAUUUUUAAUUAUAUUUUAUCAACCAUUAAUAAUAAUUUUCUCUAAAAGUGAUAUUCAUUUAGCUUUUAAAAAUUUACAAAAAUUUAUUGAUGAUUUAAUUAAUACAAUUGAUAAAAUUAUUAAUCAAGAAAUUUAUUAUUUAAAUUCAUUUGAAAUUUAUAAUAAAUUAAUAAAUUUAUUAAAUCGUCAUGAAAAUUUUAUUUGGGAAUUUAUUCAUAAAAUUUAUAUUAAAGAUGAUGAAAAAUUAUUUUUAAAUUUAAUUAAAUGGAUUGAAAAAUAUUUAAUUAUGAUGAGAAUUAAAUUUAUUAAUCCCGAAAUUGUUAAAAUAAAUAUCAAUACAUCUAAUUCUGGUCCUGGUCCUGGUCCUGGUGAUAUUUCAUUAAAUAAACAAUUAUUUAUGAAUCAAUUGAAUAGUCGAGUUGAAAAAAUUAUUACUAAACGGAAAUUAUUUAAAGAAUAUCUUGAAUUAAAAGCAAAAGCAAAAGCAAAAUCAAAAGGAAAUUUACAAACUAAUAGUAACAAUGAUAUUGAUGAUAAUUGGGAAGAUAUAAAUAAUAAAAUAUUUGGUAAUACUACAAGUGAUGAAUUUGGAAUUAAAAUUGAUGAUUUAGAAGAAUUUAAUUAUCUUAAUGUUGAAGAUGAUUUAUUAAAUGAUUUAUCAAAUCAAACUGAUUUAGAAUGGAAUUUAUUAAAUAAAUUACAGAAAUUAGAUGAAAUCACUUUAAAAACUAAUGAAUUAGAUAAAUUAAAUAUAAUUGAUGAAUUAUAUCAAGUUUUAAAUAGAAUAAAUACCUUGGAAACAAGUAAUGGCAUAACCACCAACAUGAAUAGAUAA